AUGGUCCGGCUGAGAGAGAUUCCGCGGACCGCGGCCUUUGCCUGGUCUCCAGGCACUUCUAGCCCGCUGCUCGUGACCGGUACCCGGUCUGGUGCCGUGGACGCUGACUUCUCGGACGAGUCCAAGCUGGAACUCUGGGACCUCAACCUCGAUGUCGCCGAACAGGGUCUUGAGCUGCAGCCCAUCGCCAGCAUUUCCACUGAUUCCAGGUUUUACGAUAUCGCAUGGGGCGCCCCAAGUGACCAGCAUCCGCGCGGCGUCAUUGCUGGCGCCAUGGAGGAUGGCUCGCUGCAGCUGUGGGACGCCGCGAAGCUCCUCGCCGGCGAGGAGGCUCUGAUGUCGCGCGAUACCAAGCACACCGGCCCCAUCAAGGCCCUGCAGUUCAACCCCUUGCGUCCUCAGGUUCUCGCCACUGCCGGUGCCAAGGGCGAGCUCUACGUCUGGGAUGUUAACGACACUUCGACCGCUUUCCGACUUGGCAGUGCUGCUGCCCAAGACAUCGACUGCCUCGCCUGGAACUGCAAAGUGGCCAACAUUCUGGCUACCGGUAGCGCCGGCGGCUUCGUGACGGUGUGGGAUUUGAAGACCAAGAAGGCUUCGCUCACCCUGAACAACAAUCGCAAGCCUGUUAGCGCCCUCGCGUGGGACCCUAACAACUCGACCAGCAUCCUGACGGCUACUUCUGAUGACAACACGCCUGUCAUCCUCCUGUGGAAUCUCAGGAACUCCCAGGCGCCCGAGAGGACACUUCAGGGCCACGAGCAGGGUAUCUUGUCUCUGUCGUGGUGCCAGCAGGACACCGGGUUGCUGCUCUCUGCUGGCAAGGAUAAUCGGACUCUUGUCUGGAAUCCGCAUACCGGCGAGCGCUAUGGAGAGUUCCCUGAAGCCACUAACUGGACCUUCUCGACCCGCUUCAACCCGCACAACCCGAACUUGUCGGCCACUGCGGCAUUCGACGGCAAGAUAGUCAUCCAGACUCUGCAGAACACCAACCCGACUGCUGUUCCCCAGACCCAGGCUGCCCUAGACGAUGAUGACUUCUUCUCCCGGGCUGCGACCCAGCCCCAGGGAGUGUCCUUCUCUCUUUCUCGGGCUCCCACCUGGCUGGAGCGUCCUGUCGGUGUCUCGUUUGGCUAUGCUGGCAAGCUUGUCAUCUUCAAAAAGCACGACACACCGGCCGGUCAGCACAGAUCUUCUAAGAUCACCAUCUCAACCUUCUCUGUCGACUCUGACAUUGGCGCAGCUACUGAGAAGUUUGAGGAGGCCAUCAAGAAGGGGGACAUCGCGAGCAUCUGCGACUCCCAUAUCGAAGCGGCUAAGACUGAGGAGGAGAAGGCUGACUGGCAGGUGCUCAAGACGCUUAGCCAGGAUGAUGGCCGGUCCAAGAUCAUCGAGUACCUUGGGUUCUCCAAGGAUGAGGAGGCUCGCGAAUCUGGGUUGACGUCGCCAAAGGAAGAGAGCGCCGAGGGUGUUACUUCUCCUCAAACCAAUGGUGAAGAGCCCAAAAAGAAGAGUCACAAGCGGGUGACGAGCAUGUGGGGAGAUAUUGACGAUGGCGAUGACUUCCUGUCCGAGCUGACCCCGGCCAAGGGGGCCAAGACGGAUGACCCGUUCCAUCUCAUUGGCGAGGGCUCCUCUGUUGAUGAUCAGAUCACUAAGGCUGUCCUGCUGGGCAACUUUGAGAUGGCAGUCAACCUUUGCGUUAAGGAGGACCGUAUCGCGGAUGCCUUCGUCCUUGCCAACUGCGGUGGCAAGGAGCUUGUGGACAAGGUUCAGAGCAGCUACCUUGCCAAGAAGAAGGGCAGCACCAGCUACCUGCGUCUUAUCAAUUCUGUCACUAGCAAGAAUCUUUGGGAUGUGGUCUACAACGCCGACCUGUCCAACUGGAAGGAGGCCAUGGUUACUCUCUGCACUUUUGCAGAGCCUGCUGAGUUCCCCGACUUGUGCGAGGCCCUUGGUGACCGCAUUUAUGAGUCUGGCGAGAGGAAAGAUGCUUCCUUCUGCUACCUGGUUGGCUCGAAACUGGAGAAGGUCGUGGAUAUCUGGAUCGCCGAGUUGCAGGAGGCAGAGCAGGCCGGCUUGAGCGAGGAGACCAACGACACCAGCUUCUCCAUUCAUGCCAGGGCUCUGCAGAAGUUUAUUGAGAAGGUUACCGUGUUCCGGCACGUCUCCAAGUUUACGGAUAAUGAGAAGCAGCUCAGCGAGGGCUGGAAGCUUGCGGCUCUGUACAACAAGUACACCGAGUACGCGGAUAUCGUUGCUGCCCAGGGGCAUCUGGCGGUUGCUCAGCGGUAUCUGGAUCUCCUUCCGGCAAACUUCCCGGCCGCCGAGGUCGCCCGGAACCGCGUCAAGCUCGCAACCCAGAAGGCGGCUCCUCAGCCCGCUGGUCCUACCGCGCGUGUGCCCUCCCGUACUGCUGCGCCUGUUGGCUACCAGCAGCCCGGCGGUCUUCCAAGCCCGGCAAAUCCUUAUGCCCCUCCUGCUCCGACUUUCCAAACCCAGGCCCCGGCCCCGGCAUCAGCGCCGAACCCGUAUGCUCCUACAACUACUUCUCAAUAUCAACCCCCGACAGGAGCAAGCCCGUACGCUCCUGCUCCUGGCUUCACGCCCUCUCCUUCCAUUACCAGCGGCUAUGCCCCACCACAGCCAAGUUUCAACCAACCUCCCCCCCCUCCUCAGCCGAAACCUUAUGUCAAGAAGGACGUUGGCAAUUGGAACGAUGUGCCGAUGGUUACAAAGCUUCCGGUCCGUCGGUCGACGCCAAGCGCACCGCCGAUUACCUCGCCAUUCUCCAACCAAGCGGGUACCCAAACCCCUCCUCCUCCCAUGGGCGGUUAUGGCCGUCCCCAGCCUACCCCCCCGCCGCCGCCACCUAAGGGCCCAGCUCCUCCUCCGCGCAACACUGCUUCUCCGUCUGUCGGGCCGCCGCCAGCAGCUGCUCAGCACCCUCCAAGGCCUGGAUCCGUCUCGUCGAACGCAUCGACCAACCCCUAUGCCCCUCCGCCGCAGCCUGUGUCCAACAUCCUGCAGCCCCCUGUCGUUCCUCCUCCUCCACGGACCUCGUCCCCUUACAACCCCCCGCCGGCCGGCCCGCCGCCGUCUAACCGGUAUGCGCCAGCUCCUUCGUCCCAGCCCGCACCCGCGGCGCCGCCUUCGGCAAGCCCAUAUGCGCCACCUCCCGCCAUGCCACCGGUAGCUCCCCCUUCGCAGUAUGGCCCUCCCCCGCAGGCAUCUCGCCCGCCAGUAGGACCCCCUCCUCGGGCUGGCCCUCCCCCCGCGGUGUCGGCCCCCCCUCCGCAGCAGGCUCCUCCGCAGGCUCCCCCCCAGCCGCAAUCGCCCCCUCCGCAGCAGCAAAAGCAGAGGCACCCGCCUGGGGAUAGGUCGCAUAUCCCCCCGAAUGCGAAGAACAUGGUAGAAAUACUCGACCGAGACAUGCAGCGGGUGGCAGCCAAGGCUCCGUCAACGUUCCUGCCGCAGGUUAAGGACACGCAAAAGCGGCUGGGUAUCCUGUUCGAUCACCUCAAUAAUUCGGACCUGUCGGAUUGGACGGUCUCCAAGCUGUCAGAGCUGGCGGAUGCGCUGGAAAGUAAGAACUACGACGUAGCGCACAGGUUGCAGGUGGAGAUUCAGACUGAGAAGACGGGAGAGUGUGGGCAGUGGAUGGUUGGUGUCAAGAGGCUGAUCAGCAUGAGCAAGGCCACUCCUUGA